GUGUGGCCCUUGUCAAAGUUUAGCAUCUCUCUCUUUCUCUGUGUAGCCUUCUCUUCAUAUAUUUCAUAUCUAAACUGUACUUUUUAUUUAAUUUUCCUGGAAACUGCAUCAUCAUCCUCAUCAUCCAUUAUCACUCAAACCUCUCCAUCACUCUUCCUUCUUUUGGUAGAUUCUUCUCUCUCCCCUAACACCUUUCUCUUUCUUCCCUAAAUCUGGAUUUCUUAUUCUCUUUCACACUUAUUUUGUUUUUGUCGGUAGAUUUGCGAACCUCUAAUUCUUUGAUUACUCUUCUCUCUGCUCUGUGAGUCUUACGUAACUAGCUUCGAUCUUGUUUUUACGUAUUGGAUUCAAUCCUUUUUUGGAUACUUUUUCAGAUUUUUCUCCACUAACCAUAUUACUUUCUGAUUUACUUUUUUUGUAAUCUUAUCGUUGACUUCAUUUUUUUCUUCUUGAUUGUUCUUCCUUUCUAUAGGGGCCUUGUUGAUCUCUGGAUUCACUGUUUACUUGCGUCUAUUAGGGUCUAGUUAGAUAGAUACCUUGUGGGAUUUAUGUUUGUUUCAUCUGAAAUCCAUUUGAAUUUGAAUUCUUCUUUUGCCUUUUUCUCUGCUUUAUAAUGAUAUUGAUCUUGUAGGUGUGUUAGUUGGAGUUAGCCUGUAAAAAGGUACAAGAGUGAAGUUUUGAUUUUUAUUAGGACCCUCGAAGUUCAACUAUGUCUGGAAGCCAAGAGCCUAGGAUCAGACCAUCUACAUGGAGCUGCAGUGAUAUUCCAAUCAAGAAGAGGAAGUACCUUGUUCAGCCGCAAAUGGAAGAAGCUGUCUCCACUCAGAUUCCACAACCUAAUGAGCAAGGUGAUACUAGGAGUGCUCAUGCUGACGAAACUCAGAAAAUGACUGGUCGAGAACCAACCUCUUCAUUACCAUCUGUUCCUGUGGGAAUUUCUGGUAAAGGGAAGAGCAUUGGGAACAUAGUUUUUGACCAAACUAGAGUGAAAUUUGAGAAGCCAAGUUCUCCAAUUCACUCCAGUCCAUUGGCAGGCUUUGACAUCCCUUCUAGUUCUAACGUACUUGGCAGUUCAAUCCAUUUUCCUAUGGGAAAGCUUCCUGUUGGUGCUGAACAUGCUGGUCUUGUUGUCCCCUCAAAUCAAACUCGGAUGAAAGUAGAAAAAACUGUUCUUAAGACUCAUGAUAUAGUCCGGAAGACAGGUGACAAGGAAACUCUCAGAGGAGAGUGUCAAACAGAAGCAUCUUCUGGUGCUAAGACUGUUUCCUUACAGCUAAGUUGUAACACUAAAAACAAUUCUCCAUAUUGGAAGAAUGAAGAGCCUACAGAACUGAAUUUGUCAUUAAGCAAGGGAGUUUGUCCCGCUCAUAACACAGAUUCUACUUCUACCAAAUCUGGCAACAGUGGCCUGAACAGAGAAAAUUGGGAUUUGAAUACUACCAUGGAUGUUUGGGAAGAUGCUCUAGAUCGCACAAGUGGUGCAUUCUUAAACAGUAACAGAAGUCUUCGUGACAUAGAGAGAUCAAGUUGUCGUGAUACGACUGCUAUUACAAAGUCUGUUUCUGAAAGACAGAAGGAAAGUGUAGGAUUUAGUUCUCCUAAGGUGACGUUGAUGCAGUUUGAUAAUCAUGUUAAUCCCACAUGCUCACUUAGUCUAGGCCUCAGUUCAUAUCCUCCUAUUGAGAAAUCUCCUUCUCUACCAGCUACCACAUCAGAGGCAAGAGCUGGGAAUGUGUGUUCAGUGAACCUUAGGACUGUGAAGUCAGAAAUCAUUGAAGAGAGUGUUAGGCAGGCAACAGAGAGUACUCAAGUUUCUCCAAUCGGGCUAUCUAUUAAAGGACUGAAACAUGAGGGUAUUGGCAGAUUCAGCCAAGGAAAUAGUCCCUCAUUUGGCAUUUUGAAGACAGUGGUUCCUAUAUCAAUAAAGGCUGAGCCAAAUACCUUCUCUCAAUCAGAAGUUUUCAAUAGGAAAGAUGGAAUGUUGAAUCAUCCCCAUACCCCAAUAAUGCAAUCAAAUGAGAUCCCUGAUUUACCUACAAGUUCUACGCCAUAUCAGAAGGAUAAAUAUUUACCUUGUUCAAAUGGUAUCAGCAAUGCACCAAUGCCCUUGAGUGGAAUGACAAUAAUUCCAGGCGUUCAGAGUGAUCCUGACUGUACAUCAAAAGAAAAUUCGGGCCAGAGUAGCAGUUUAGCUAAUGGUAAAUUACGCGAAGUGCUGAAACAUGGUGGAGUUUACACGACUUAUUCUGGUCAUGGAGAUCAUAACCUCAAUGCUUCAGGUGUGAAUGUUACUUCCUUGACUGAAGAGAAAAUACUAGAUGAUUGCAAGCCUUGUAUAUCGAAAGAACUCCCUUGUAAUUCUCGUGGAACUGAUGAACUUUCCAGAAAUGAUGAAGAGAAGAUUACUUUACCUGGUAAGGAGCUAGAGGAACAGUUAUACAGUUAUGGGUUUGAAUCAGAUCGUGGUUAUGAUCUAUCUAGAGUAAUAAAGGAGCAAGUUGGCAAAAGAAAUUUGUGCGAUGACGGGAAGGUCCAAGGACCAGCUGCCGUUUUCACGGAAAGUAAUGAGGUUGCACAUCCUGAGUGUGGUGGUUCUGAAACUGAACAAAGGAACAUUAAUGUUCCAUGCCAUGUCCACUUUCAUAAUUCUAACCAUGUGGAAGAAAAAGGGAGUCAACCUGCACUUCUUGGUUAUACAGGUGAAACUGAAGGCCGGAUAGUUCAGGAUGGUGAAGGAACGUCAGGUGUCUCUACAGUGUCAGGCGGCAUUGAAAACCCUGAAAUAGUAGAUAACAGUAGUCCAGUUUCACUCAAGGCAGAAAUGUCUACUAUUGACAAUGAUUCUCCUAUGGAGUGCAGUGACGGUAGUCAGAGUCGAAUUAUAAACUUAACUCAGGUUAAAUCUCCAGUUAAGGCACUAGAUGCUUCAGGCAGCUUUGUGCCACCCCGAAUGGAAAGAGAUAGAUUUCAUGAUUUCCCACUCGAACCGCGGGAAUAUACUUUCAGAGGGAGUGAUGAAUCCUGCAAAUUCUCGCGUGAGAGGUACCAUGGCAGAAUUAUGAGAAGCCCAAGGUUAAAUUUCAUACCUGACAGAAGGAGAUUACCUGAUAACACAGAAAGCAAUCUGCAUGACCAGGACACAAAAAAAUUUGAGUUUGAUAAUCAUGGAAACACUCGUCGGGGUGGUGCUUUUAUGAGUAAUUUUCAGAGAGGGAGACGGCCUGCAAAUGAUGGAGUUACACCAUAUGCUCACUCCUUUCCGAGAAGAUCCCCUAGCUUUUCAUAUAAUAGAGGACCAACAAAUAAAGAGGAUACAUCUGCAUUUCACGGAUUUAGAGAUGGUGAAAAAUUCACAAGGGGAUUACAAUGCAACAACACAGAACCACUGUUUAUGAAUCACCAACGUCCAUAUCGAGGUCGGAGUGGUUUUGCUCGAGGACGAACAAAGUUUGUAAACAACCCCAAACGAGAUUUUCCUGGAUUUCGUUCACGAUCUCCAGUUAGAUCAAGAGAAAGAUCAGAUGGUUCAUCCUCGUCUUUCAGGAAUAGAUCACAGGAAGAGUUCAGUGGGCAUACAGACUUUUCUCAUCGAAGAUCACCCUCAGGUUACAAAGUGGAGAGGAUGAGCUCGCCUGACCAUUCUGGUUAUUCAAGAGAAAUGGUUGUCAGAAGACACAAUUCUCCACCUUUCUCGCAUAGACCAUCGAAUGCUGGAAGGGGCCGGGGUUAUGCAAGGGGCCGAGGUUAUGUAAGGGGUCGAGGUUAUGGAAGAGAUGGCAACUCAUUUAGGAAACCAUCUGAUCAUGUUGUACAUAGAAACCAUGGAAACAUGAAUAACUUGGAUCCUCGAGAAAGGGUUGACUAUAGUGAUGAUUUCUUUGAAGGUCAAAUUCAUUCUGAACGAUUUGGUGUUGAUGUUAAUGCUGAGAGAAGACGAUUUGGUUAUAGACAUGAUGGUACCAGCAGCUCUUUUAGACCAUCUUUUAACAAUGAUGGUUGUGCACCUACUAAUGUAGAGAAUGACCCUGAUGCUGUGAGGUUCCAACAAGACCCUCGUAUUAAAAUUGAAGAACAAGGGAGUUUAAUGGAAAUUGAUGGAGAAAAUAAGAACUCAACUGAGAAUGCAUCUGGAAGAACUAAGAAUAUGGAAGAGGAAGAAACUUCAAAGAACAGUAAAAUUUGGCAACCGGAUGAGCUCGGUGGUGAUGGUUUUUAAAAUAAAGGUUAGUAUUCAAUUUGCUUUAACCUUCUAAGACCAGGAAGAUAAGUGAUAGUAAAUCAGAUAUCAAACGGAAGUUCUGUGAUUUUGCCAUGGCCGAGACAAUUCAGUGGCUGAUUAUUGUGGACAUUCCAAUGACUGAUGUAAAGGAACACUCUGCUCUAUCGUUCGAAAAAGUUUUGAACUUGGCCAUUGCUUGGCUGUGUGUAUGUAUAGCACUUCUGUUGUGGUAUCAUCUAGAUGUUGUUACCUUUCUUGCUGUGAUUCAGUUUCCGGUGUUCUCAUUUGCACUGUAACACUGUCUGUGAGUUGGAAUGGGUAUACAACUGAAGCAAGAUGGUGUAAAUACAUGUGGUUUUUUUAGUCUUCUCUACACUCAGUAAUCCUCAACCGGCUUAUGUAGAACGUUACUGGUUUAACGGAUAUGAGGGGAUGAAGAAUGGCUAGCCUAGGUUGUUAGAAGAGACACUUUCCUCUAGUUAAAAUACAGGGGUCCAGACUUUUUACCGGUAGAACUAUUCAGGCCAGAGAGACGUGCAGGUUUUGUUCUUGAUGAACAAGUAUCUUUGCCGAAGCACUCGUGUGUUCUACUUGAAGUUGGACUUGCCAGAACCAUAACAACCCCAAUAUAUGGCUGAGUUAUAACUGUUAUUUGGUUUAGGACUUUCAGUUGCAUCUGCGAAGAACGAGAUGAUGGAUAUUCAUAACACGAUGUCAUCAAUAUGGCUUUAGGUAUAUCCAAGAUACCAAAGGUACACCACCUACACCAAACUUGCUUGAAAUGUUGACAUAGCCACUUUUCAGUUGAUAGAGACAAAGGAGUUUGAGAAAUAAGGGUUAGUAAGUUUGCUAUUAUUGUUUUGACCCAAUAAUAAGCUUUAUCACCUAUCAUGUUGAAGCAUGUACAGUUUGGUAGAACUGGAUUUACUGGCCAUGGACGAGAGCAAACUGGAAACGGCCAAAGUGUAGGCAUGUGAAAGAUGAAUUUUACGAGGUUGAAUCAGUAGAUGUUAUUAAUGAGGGGUUGAGGAAAGUGUUGGGAACCGGAAGAGGAACCCAUAAUCUGAUUGGGGAAUGUGUAUGAGUUUGUACAUAGUUCAUGUUUCUGAAGCAAGAGAUUGAAGUUGUUUAGAGAGGCUGGUGUUCUAAAAGUGACGAGACUAUAGGCUAAGCUUCCCCUUGACUAUGGUUGGCAAAUCCAUCAACAUACGUCAUAUGAUGUGUUCUACGGAAUGUGUAAGGUGCUAUUGUACUAAAAAAGUUGGCAAUUUUUAGUUGUAAAAUUUGUUUUACUUAUCAAACCCAAACAAGCCAAAUAUUCUACACACAUUUAUAGUCUUUUCUUUUC